ACCAUUGGGAAUGUGGGAGGCGCCGAGGGCCGAUGUCCAGGACUUGGUUUGCGACGCGUAUCCGAGCAACCGCAUUGUUUACGGUCGGCGCUGUGUUCGGGAGCAGCGAGCCCCCGAGCUCACUCUAACCGAGCGACGCCGCUAAAUCUCUGCUUACAUUUGGAAAGUAAGCACAGAUCUUGAAUAUGGCCCAUAAGUACGACACGCUGAUCGCCGAGAAAUCCACAUUGAGCAAAAUACUCACUGAUAAGAACCCGCUUCCUCAGCCGUGGUACAAGGAGAGAUUAAAGACUAAGUACUUAAAGAAGAAUCCUAAAUUGCAGUCUGAUGCUUUGAAUGGACAUAGAUGGCGUUUCCUGAAAAGUGGACUGGAUGACUUUCGUGAUGGGUAUCCACCUCAUUUACGAGAGGAUUUAGCCAUUAUACAGAGUCAGAAAGGUGCUGGCCUUAGUCCUUUGCUGGUGAACACAACUGAAACUUAUAAGCCUGCUCAACGUGUAUCAAAAAGGCUCACUAAAUCACAGAUAUGUUAUUCCAAGGCUCUACCAUUACAACAGGCUAAGAGAGAGCAGAUUGAAGAGAUUGAAUAUGGCUUGAGUCUACAUCCAUUAGCUCUUUAUCCACACCUGGAAGAAGGAGUGCCUCCGGAGCUCUUUGAGAACAUUGUGGAGAUCCUGGAUCCUGAGAUGCUGCUGACCAGUGAGGAGGUUCAGGUAGGUUCCAGGGAACCUACUGAAGUAAAUGAGAAACUUCAAAAGGCACAGAAGAGAAAGGAAAUGCAUGGACAAAGAUGUUCAAAAAGCAGUGAAGAGACAAAGCAAAGAAACCCAUACAAAUGGAUUCUAACGAGAGGGACACAAAAAGAGGACAAGAAUGCAAAACUGAAAGGGGACACACCGUCACAGCAAGAGAAAGAAAUAGAAGAGGUUACAAAGGCAUUUUGUGACUGGGUUGCUUCGCUGGGUAGCGAGAACAACAACAUCGAAGAAGCAACUAUCAUGAGCCUGUUUGCCAGCAACUAUGAGUCCCAGGCUGCACUCGCAAUACCUAUCCAAGUAGUAGAGCUGAUUGAUGUCCCACCAGAAUUGAGGAAAACUGUGGGAACCCCUCCACUACCACCUUCAGCGAAAACCAGCAAAGCUAUUGGCACGGAAUCUACCCAACAAAGGGAGUACAAAUUUAAAUAUGGAGCAUGGUACUUAGACCCAAAGACAUGGAUGAAAAGAAGAGUUGAUGAACCUCUGGUUGAUCCCAAUUUUGUGCCUGAGACAGAUAAAUCAAAUUUAUCUGAAGGAGAUAUUGAGAAGGAAAGAAAGAUGAGAAGACUCCAUGCAAUGUUAUCUUUCAAGAAAUUCAUUGAAGCUAAAGGACUUAGAAAACCAGAGUUUAUGAAGAAACUAUUUGACACAGUUGAUAAAAAUGGUAAGAUCAUUUCCUGACUGAAACUGGAAACCUUGGAGCACGGAUUUUAUUCUUCAAUGCUUAAAGCCAUCAUUGUUAGUUAAUAUAUGAUUUCAUUGUUUUACCUUAUCAUACAUUCUAUUAUAUUAUGAUUCUGCUUUUAAAAAUUGCCACUGGUUUAUACUUAUGGAAAAAAAUUUUCACAAGAGUUUAUUGGAAAUUUUUUUUCCAAGAACUGACAACUACAAAAGACAGCUAAUACUGUACCGUGGACCUAAAUGAAGAUAAUAAAUGAGCAUUUUCAAUUCUUCCAACUCUGGGUGCUCAUUUUGCAUGUAGUAGAUAUUAUCAGGAGCACAAUUAUUUGUUGAACCAGAUUGCACCAAUAGCCAAGCAGCAUUCAUAGAGAACACCAAUGAGAAGUGGUGUGUACAUCAGCACAUUCUGGACAGCGAUGGCUGUAUGUCACAGUACUGAAUAUGCUGGAGGUCAGCUGAACUCCCACUCCACAUCUACUACAUUCACUCAUGAGUGCAGGGAUCUUCACUGAGUUUCUCAGCCAUUUGGCUGUAUCUGGCCCGCAGCUUCAUAACUAACCUUUCAAACUGAUCCAUUCAUUUGAGUGGGAAUGCUAACUAUAAUUAGAAAGAUAAAUUCAACUUUUAAGGAAAUAUUUAUUUUUAGUUAUAUUUCUUUUUUAAUGAUUUCAAGUAAUGAAGUUUAUGUUAUUUUUAUAUACAUUCAUUGAUUCUUUAAGUAAAUUUCAACUUUUUUAAAGUCUUUGAAUAUCAGAGUUUUGAAAAUCAGGUAGGGGUCUCCCUAUCAUCAAUCAGGGACAUUUAUCAGGAGCGCUGCAUGUUCAGGGCCCUUAGUAUUGUUAAGGAUCCCACCCAUCCAUCCAGCAUCCUCUUUGACUUUCUACCAUCAGGCAGGAGACUCUGAUGCAUAAAACAAGAGCGCUUGUUCCAAGUUUCUUCCAAAAGGCCAUUAGGCUUCUGAACUCCCUGCCGCAUCAUAUUCAAAGUGUCACUGGUUAAUUUGUUUUGUACCCUCCUAUAGUAUUUACUCUAAGCCCUUUUAGUUUGUUAUUUAUGCGUGAUUCAUCUGUAGAUUUUAUCCUUGCUCUCAUAAGCUACUGUAUGUUAUGUGUACUACUGUGCUUUACACCCUGGUUCAGAGAACAUAGAAUAGCACAGCACAUUACAGGCCCUUCGGCCCACAAUGUCGUGCUGACCCUCAAACCCUGCCUCCCAUUAAAUUCAUUAAAACCCUGCCCCCACCUUAAAUUCCUCCAUAUACCUGUCUAGUAGUCUCUUAAACUUCACUAGUGUAUCUGCCUCCACCACUGACUCAGGCAGUGCAUUCCACGUACCAGCCACUCUCUGAGUGGAAAAACCUUCCUCUAAUAUCCCCCUUGAACUCCCUCCCCUUAACUUAAAACCAUGUCCUCUUGUACUGAGCAGUGGUGCCCUGGGGAAGAGGCGUUGGCUGUCCACUCUGUCUAUUCCUCUUAAUAUCUUGUACACUUCUAUCAUGUCUCCUGUCAUCCUCUUUCUCUCCAAAGAGUAAAGCCCUAGCUCCCUUAAUCUCUGAUCAUAAUCCAUACUCUCUAAACUGGGCAGCAUCCUGGUAAAUCUCCUCUGUACCCUUUCCAAUGCUUCCACAUCCUUCCUAUAGUGAGGCGACCAGAAAUGGACACAGUACUCCAAAUGUGGCCUAACUAGAGUUUUAUAGAGCUGCAUCAUUACAUCAUGUCUCUUAAACUCUAUCCCUCGACUUAUGAAAGCUUUCUUAAUUACCCUAUCUACCUGUGAGGCAACUUUCAGGGAUCUGUGGACAUGUACCCCCAGAUCCCUCUGCCUUGGAGUUUGUCCUCCCAAAGAAACAUCGUCUCAUUUGACAGUAUACAUGUAUAUAGUUAAAUGACAAUAAACUUGACUUGACUUGACUUAUAAACAGUGCAGCAGGUCACUUGACAUUGUGAUUUGUUGAAGGUCUUUGGACUCUGAGGACUGGCCACAGGAAGCUUGCUUGCUGCUGUGGAAGCAAAGUUUGGUGGCUGUUGGAACCACAAGGCCAUACAAUAUUGGGGCGACUGUGGGAGGCGGAUGACCAGCAGGCUGUAUUGAAUACAAUUUACCCCUAGAACCAUGGAAUAGUACUACCAGAAUAUGCUCAAUGAAGUCAUUUACUACUAUGAAUCCUUUCCUCUUUGAUACAAAUGGACUUCAGAAUCCAAGCAAGAGUACAAUUCAGAACAGUAUUAUUGCCUUUAAGACUGCAAAAUCUGAAAAGUUUAAAUUAAUUAGCAAUUGUCAUUGUCCAUCAGUUGACUCCCCAAUGAAAUGAAGCACAUAAUGCAAUUAAAAUAUUUAAUAAAAGUACAAUCUAAUUCUUCAGUGUUUAGUUGAAUAUUUAAGUUGUCUGAAACCGCCCUAACUUUUAAUAACUUGUUUUCACUGCAGGAGUAAUGAACACAGCAAACUGCAUUCUAUUAAAUGGAUGAGGGUUGUGUUAAAAUGUUAUAUUUAUUUUUGGCUUGUGAAGACCAGGGUUAUAGACCAUGGAUUCAGGUAAGUUAGGAUAGUGAAGUGGGAACAGGGGUGUAGACGGCAACAUCAGAGCAUAAUGGUUAGCAUAAUUACUUUACAGCACCAGUGACCUCCGAUUGGGGUUCAAUUCCCUCUGCUAUCUGUGAGGAGCUUGUGGGUAAUCCCUGUGACAGCAUGGGUUUCCACAAAGUGCUCCGGUUCCUUCCCACAUUCUAGAGAUGUACGGUUAGGGUUAGGGUGAGUAAGUUGUAGGCAUGCUAUGUUGGUGCUGGAAGUGUGGCAACAGCUGCGAGCUACCCACAGUACCAUACUCGCUGAUUUGAUUUGAUGCAUUUUACUUUCAAAGUUUAAAUGUAUAUAGAGUCAUAGAGCACUGCAGCACAAAACAGGCCCUCUAACCCAUCAAGUCCAUACCAAACUAUUACUGUGCCUAAUCCCAUUGAUCAGCACCUGGACCAGAGCCUCCAUACCCCUGCCAUUCAUGUAUUUAUUAAACUUCUCUUGUGUUGAAAUUAAACCUGCAUCCACCAUUUCCUCUGGCAGUUCGUUCCAUACUCUGGCCAACCUCUGAGUGAAGAAGUUCCCCUCAUGGUUCCCUUAAGCAUUCCACUUCUCACCCUCCAGUUCUAGUCUCACCUAACCUCAGAGAAAACAGACUGCUUGCAUUUACCCUAUCUAUACCCCUCAUAAUUUUGUACACCUCUGUUAAAUCUCCCCUCAUCUCCUGUGCUCCAAGGAAUAAAGUUCCAACCUAUUCAACUCAGAUCCUCAAAUCCUGGCAAUAUCCUUGUAAUUCUCUAUACUCUUUCAAUCUUGUUGAUAUCUUUCCUGUAUAUAGGUGACUAAACUACACAAAAUACUUCAAAUUAGACCUCACCAACAUUUUAUACAACUUCAACAUAACAUCCCAAAUCCUGUUCUCAGUACUUUGAUUUAUGAAGACCAAUGUAUCAGAAUCGCUCUUUACGACUCUACCUAUCUGUAACUUUACUUUCAAUGAAUGAUGGAUCUGUAUUCCCAGAUCCCUUUGUUCCACCACACACUUUGGAGUCCUAUUGUUCACUGUGUGAGUCUGACCCUUAUUUGUCCUCCCAAAGUGCAUCUCACACUGCCAUCUGCCAUCUUUUAUUUGGACAAAUAAAACUGAUCUUUUAUUACAAAUUUUGAAUUGGGAGAAGGGUCUUGCCCUGAAACACAAUGUGUUUAUUCCUCUCCAUAGAUGCUGCCGGAUCUGCUGAGUUCCAUCGGCAUUUAGUGUGCAUUACAGUUAAUUAUGCAGCGGUAAAUCUCACUGGAUUGGCAGCUGGUGUCAUUGCUACAUACCCCACCGUGCUUCACUGGAGAGGUUGCUAAUGCCAUGUGUAUCACAUGAAUGUGCUUAUACCCAGCCAGGACCACAGAGAGUGAAUGAUGCUCUUCCAUUAAAGCUCAUAGUCUCAUUACUGUGGACAAUAAGUUUGUUAAUUAUUUAGACGUAGACCAGAGCUGCCAUAUAAUUCUGGCAAUGUUUGCAUGUGAUCACACCUCCCCCCACACCCCAAAGCAAGGUUGGUUACUGUCUCAAGAUUCUUAACACCGUGUGUUCUGCUUUGUUAAUCCUCAUCAUGGCCACCUCUAAAGAAAGGACUGCUAUGAGAGGCAAGAAAAGCGAAGGAAUCACAUGGUGGGAUGAAACAAUUGUUCUAUGCUGUUCCUUCUCUGAGGAGCCUUCUCGCCCCAUGUAGAGGAUUGAAAGCAACAGAAUUAGGUGAGAGAGCAACAGUAGGUGCAAGAAAGCUUCACAGAACAUAGAUGUGAUUCAAUAGUCCCAAUAGCUUCCAGCUGAAUGCAAUGCAGUGCUUUGGUUUGUUGAUGGUUCAGUUGUUGAACAGCAUGGUAAUGUAACAGUGAGCACAUCACUUUAAAAUGCCAGCUGUAAAAUAAGGCUUUGAUUCCUACUGCUGUCUGUACGAUCUUCUGUGACCACACGGGUUUCUUCUCGUGCUCUGGUUUCCACCCACGUUCCUCAUAUGUACGGAUUAGGAUUUGUGAAUUGUGGGCAUGCUCUGUUUGUGUCAAAAGCAUGGCAAUUCUUGCCAGCUGCUUAGCACAAUCCUCUCAGAUCUGAUUUGAUGCAUUUCACUGUACAUUUCGAUGUACAUGUAACAAAUAAAGUUCAUCUUUAAAUUGGCACUUGUGGCCCACUGUGUAUCUUCAAAAGGUCAAAUCAUACAGUGGCUUUAAAGGAACCUUGACUGUAAAUUCAUGAAGGAUUUCCUACUGUUAAGUUAUUGUGGAGUUCAGUGUUUAAAAUGUUAUGCUCCUGGUACCUCUCCUUACCUACUGAAUACCAUGUUACUAAAGAUUUGACAAUGUCCUGCAUGGUCUAGGAUCUUUGGGAUCCAGGGUGGGAUAGCAAAUUGGAUACAGAAUAGGUUGGUGAGAGGAGGCAGAGGGUGGUAAUGGAGAGAUGUUUCUCAGGUGAGAGAUCUGUGACCAGUGGUGUGUUGUAAAGGAGGUGCUGGAUCCUUAGUUCAUUCGUGAUUUGGCAUGAGCAGUAAGUCUGUAAAUAAUAAUGAAAGUUGGUCAUAUUUUGGAGAGUGCAGAAUAUUGUCUAAGGUUACAGCAAGAUCUAGAUCAGCAUGCUGAGGGAGGAUAAAAAGGGCAGGCAGAUGGGAUUCACUCACUGGGCAUCCUGGACAACUUUCCAUGACUGAAGGUAGAAAUCAACUGCUCUCAUGUGUUUAUAAACCAUAUCAUUUUUUUAUUCUCUUUUUAUCUUUAUCAUAUCUUUUUAAUAUCUUGACCUCCAUGGGGAGAGCAAUCCAGGCACAAAGGUGUGCACAAAGUACACAAUAGCAUUCACUCAUCUCAGGUAGAAUGUGGCAUCCUUGAAGACUAAAAGAGUAGGCUCUUAAUUGAUGGGAUGACUUUGCCUCUUGCCCAAGGUUUCUAAAUUGCCCUGAAUGACCUGACUUGUCCAUAAUGAUACCUUGAAGCUAAGUACUGUCAGCAAUGUCACAUCUGAGACACCCUUUGAAAUCACUAUUAGUUUAAACAAGCUCUAUGUAAGUUGUUUGAGCAACCCACGCUCAUUAUUGAAUAUAUCCAGUCAUGUCCAAGUUCUCAGUAGAAUAAUCCUUAAGUUGCCAAAAUGUAAUGUAUGUUGAUAUUGCAUUGCACCCCCCCCCCCCCCGAAUUUGAUGAGCAGCUCUUUUGUCUUGCUGACAUUGUGGGAAAGUUGUUGCCAUGGCACCAUGUCACUGGGCACUGCUUGUCCUUCGAUUCAGCUUUAUUUGAGAUUCAGCACACGAUGGUAGUGUCAUCUGCAGACCUAUAGAUGGAGUUAGAGCAGAGUCUGGCCAGGCAUUUGUGAGUGUACAGGAAAUAAAGUAGGAGGUUGACAAAGCAGCCUUGCUUUGAAGAUAAUUGUGACAGACGUGUUCCCCUCUCUCCUUACUGAUUAUGCCCUGCUGGUCAGCAAGUCAAGGACUAUUGCUUUGAAGUUGUUGAGUAAUUCAAUAAAGUGGA